AUGGCCGAGGUUGAAGCCACCAGUCCAGCCGCCCACUCUUCUUCGGAUCGGUCCUCGAACGACGCUGGCACAGGACCCAUACUCAACGGGACCAUUCACAAGGACACGGUGAAUGUGACAAGACCUCUGAGCCCUCGUAAGCGAAGGCGCUCAUCGAAACCAACGACAACUCGUGAAACACGCGCAUUGCCUGCCGCCGUGACAACCAAAGCUACUCAGCCUUUGUUAGCGUCCCCGGUUCCCUUUACAGGGACCAGCGCUAUCGCAGACGAGCGACGCAAGCGUACAGAGGGUCUCGGUAUCUCAGAGCAAGAAAUCAGUCCUAAUCAGGCCCAGAAAACACUCCAGAGUUUGACUGCAGUCGGCUCUCAGCUGAGCAGACCCACCGACGCACCCACAACCUCUGCUUCUCCUGACAGGCCAACCGCAGACGUGGUGCCAUCCAUGACUACAGCCUCUAGAGUCGAGAAUCAUGGAGGCCAGAAUACAAGUCCUCAAAGUGAUUCGAGUAAUGUGACUUUGAAGAGGAUGCCGACGGCGAUGAGCGUCAGCAAUGGCGAUGCCGUAGCAAGUCCUGGUCAGCUGGAUGACGCUUCUGGAGAAGACGAGGAGAGCCCUCGCUCAAGUAACAGAGAGCAUGAUAGGGAGAGCAGCUCAAAUCAGGAUGACGGCCGUUCAAAUAAAGCUUUCACAUUUCCCGGCCCCAUGGGUGGCCACCCUCAUCGUACGUCAAGUCUACCUCAGUCUGGUUACGGAAGGGAGAAUACAUCUCCUUCUGCCAAAAGGCACAAAUGUCCUUACUGCAAUACCGACUUCACCAGACAUCACAAUUUAAAGUCUCAUCUUCUUACCCACAGUCAAGAAAAGCCUUUCAGCUGCGAUAAAUGCGAGUCCCGAUUCCGGCGCUUGCAUGACCUCAAACGACAUGCGAAGCUUCAUACCGGAGAGCGACCUCAUGUCUGCCCUAAGUGCGAUCGGAGUUUUGCUCGCGGAGAUGCGCUAGCGAGGCACAACAAGGGCCAAGGAGGUUGUGCGGGAAGGCGAGAGAGCAUGGGCAGUUUUGGGGGGGAUGAUCGGCAAGAUGAGAGCAUGAGAAGUGCGGAUGGUGAUGGUAUGCCAGGUAUGCUGUACACAAGCGAACCUUCCCAUGAACCAGAACACAUGGAUGAAGACACCGAUACACCGGCGGGAAGAAGUUUGCCGAGUAUCAGGAAACAUGAAGCUCCUACGGAGCCUCCGCCGCAGCUCUCCGAGCAUCAGAAUCUCUUCCACGCACGCCAACCUAGUACCUAUCCUCCCGUAGCUGCCCGCCCUUCUGCGGCUGCCAAUCAGCUCUAUCCACCACCUCAAGUGACGAGCCCCCGUAUCGGCUCCGGUUCGUCAACGGCGCAAUCAUCCUUAAACCAGUAUCCUCCCCCACCUUCAACAUCGUCCAUGUAUCAGUCGUCAACGUCCAGCGUCUUUGCUCCGGGGGGGAUGACAGAAAGUCCGAAGCCGCUUUCUCCCGGAGGCGCAAAUGCUCACCAGCUCGGUCAUGGCAGCGUACAUUCUGCAAACAAUAGCGCAUCAAGCCAUGGCACCGGACAGCAUGGCAGUAUCGAUCGCAACAACCCAUUCGGGGGCCAACAAGAUCGAUUAUGGGCGGUUGUUGACUCUUUAGCAAGCAAAGUCAAUCGAUUGGAGGAGGAGGUUGCGAUGCUUAAGGGAAAAAGCAACACACAGCCUACGCAACGGGGCGGGCACACAAGCCACACAGGGUCAGCAGUCUGA